CUCCACCAUGGAAGACGCGGCAGGCUGUGCGGGAAUAUCUAUGGCCGCGCUGCCAUCGGAAAUUUCUCCUGCCCAGCCGAGUAGCAAGACCUUGUUGUUAUUACUAUGUUUCCUGGCAAAUGCCCAGGUCUCGGCGGAGAUGCUCUAUCGUGGGGGUACACCACGCAAGCGUUGGACCGACGAGGGCGGGAUCAAAAUCACAGGUGCGCCUCAUGAUGCCGCUCUCCAGCCACUGCUAUCCGACCUUCCGACCUUGCAUGAUGCCUUGGCCGAGCUUGAGCGGCUUUCGGCAAUAACCCUCAGUGUCGAUGGGACAUGCACUCUCCACCCUGGUGUCAGGACAGCUGUCCUGCAAAGCCUGCCUCCCGAAUCACACUCCUUCUGGCGGUGGCAAGCCCUGGCCACUGCGUACCGCGCCGUGCCAUGGAAAUAUCUCGAGCCCGCUGCGGAGCCACAUGCGAGGGCGGGUUUGACACCUCACGUGGUUCACACCAUGGCCGCUGUCCGAGAACACGACGGCUAUGAGAGCCUAUCCAUCCCUGACAGAGUCGAUGUCGUGCUCACGCUCAUCGAAGCGUCUCGCCUCCCCGGUACAGAGUGGAAGCGUCAUGCGGUUGAACAAGCAAAAGCGGCAAUGUGCGGCUGGCAAGAUGGCUAUGUUCAAGCUUGCAUUGCGCAGAGAGAGUCGGUGCUGCAGCGGCUCGCCGGGGGCGGGAUGCCGCCGACCCUGGCCACCAACUCGCACCAGGAGCGAAGAGAUGGUCUCGUCAACAAAAGAAUGAAUGCCGCAAUUGGGCUCACUGUUCACCAAGGAGCUUUGGACUGCCUCCAGAACGAGGAGUUGUCUUCGGCGUUGGACGUGCUUGGAGAGUGGCAGCCAACUGGGCAUCCUUCUCCCGCCGAGGACGUAGUUCUGUUUCGCAUGAACGUCUUGCGUGGGAAGAUCUUGCGCUUCCAAGGCAAGUUUCAAGAGGCUCUCGGAUGUUUAGACAAAUCGAGAUGUGCGGCGGAACAGCAGGGAGAUGUCUACUUUGAUGAGGAUGCUGGAGACCUGGUGGUUGAGACCGCCGAUACCAUGAGAGAGCUGGACGAGCCGGUUCGCGCCGAACAGCUGCUUAGAACGCAGCUCGAACGACCGCUUCGCACUCCAGCAACUCGCGCGCUACUGAAUCUGGCCCUGGCCGAGUCUCUGUUCGCCCAACAACGAUUCGCGGAGGCGGACCAGCUCUGUCGCGAUGCCGAGUUCUGCCAGCUGUCCAAGAUGGCACGCCUACGUCUUUGCAUCACGGCGGCCAAACUGCGGCAUGCAAGCUCAGACUGGGAGGGCGCUUUCUCGUGGUGGACGCAAGCGCUCAUCGCCAUCAACAAGUUCCCCUUGACAAGCGGACAUACGACGCGCUUAAUCUACCUCUCACUUUGCGAUGUACUGAAGCACCAAGGCAAAGAGGAGCUGGAACAGGCAUCGCGUGCGCAGGUGGUUAAACUGGAGAGCUUGUCCGGCACCGCCCAAGCAAAGCAUUGGAUAGCCGGCUUGCGACAUUGGCAAACGUACCUAGAAUCUUCUGUCCUCUAA